UUAAUAUAGUUAAAUAAAGUUGAAGCCUUUCUGACAGGCUGUGCUGCAGGUCUGGAUGUUAGGAUGAGGAACGCUCUGCUCUACAUGCUGGGCUUUUUCUCGCUCAUUACUCUCCUCCAUGGACGUGCUGAUGAUCAACAUGGUCAAGAACGUAAAGCAGAUAAACCCAGAGCUACACUGACAGCAGGUUCAACAACCAUACCAGUAGGGGGCAGUGUGACCCUGAGCUGCUCUGUGGAGACCUCUGCUGGAUGGAAAUACAGAUGGUUCAGAAGGACCUCAGACAUCUCUGAAGUCAGAAUAGAUAAUGAAGAAAACAGAGAUAUCUCUGUGACACAAGGAGGAAUCUACAGGUGUGAUGGAGUGAGAGGAAACCCAGACUUCUACACAGAAAUAAGUUAUGAUGAAACUAUUGAAAUAAAGUUUUCCAACAAGGUUUUUGUGACACAACAACCAAACCUGCCUCAGAUCUUCAGUGGUGAGACGAUCACUCUGACAUGUGAGGUCCAGGGAGGAGAAACCACUGAGUGGACGUAUGAAUGGAGGAGAUCUGGGACAGUUCUACACGGGACAAACAGUAAAGACUGGACCUUCAGAGUUUCUGAGUCCAGCAGUGGAGACUACAUGUGUCAAUGUAGACACAGAGAUGACUGGUAUUCUUCAACACAGUGGAGUGAAAGCAUCACACUGUCAGUAUCAGCAGAUAAACCCAGAGCCUCAAUGACAGCAGAGGAAACAACCAUACCAGCAGGGGGCAGUGUAGCUCUGAGCUGCUCUGUGGACAGAUCUACUGGCUGGAAGUUUGAUUGGUUCAGACAGGAGUCAAAGUUUCAUGCAGCUCAGCCAAUAAGAACCAAUGAACCAGGUGGAGUCCUCUUCAUCUCAGAGGAAGGUGUUUACAGCUGCAGAGGAAGAAGAGGAGAUCCAGUUUUCUACACUGAAACCAGCAAUAAAGUCUCCAUUCAGAAAACUGUUUCUAACAGGGCAUCAGUGACUCUACAACACAGUUGGUCUCAGAUAUUCAGAGGAGAGAUAGUCACUCUGAGAUGUGAGAUCCAGGGAGGUGGAGGAGCUCAGUGGACGUAUGAAUGGAGACCAAACAACAGAAACUCUCCAUCAUCCAGUAAAUACAAGAUCAUCAUAGCUGCCAGUGGCAGAUACAGCUGCAGAGGAACAAGAAACUAUCUGUUAACACAAUGGAGUGAUGAUUUCUCUUUAACUGUUUCAGAAAAACCGAGAGCCUCGCUGACAGCAGAGGAAACAAUCAUACCAGCAGGGGGCAGUGUAGCUCUGAGCUGCUCUGUGUUCAGAUCUACUGACUGGAAGUUUGAUUGGUUCAGACAGGAGUCAGAGUCUUCUACAGCUCAGCCAAUAAGAACCAAUGAACCAGGUGGAGUCCUCAGAGUCUCAGAGGAAGGUGUUUACAGCUGCAGAGGAGGAAGAGGAGAUCCAGUUUUCUACACUGAAACCAGCAAUAAAGUCUCCAUUCAGAAAACUGAGAAACUUGUUCCUGUCCUCUCUGUGUCUCCAUCAUGGCUGAGUCCUGGAGCCUCAGUGACUCUGAGCUGUGAGGUUGAACCUCAGUCUGCAGGAUGGAGGUUCUUCUGGUAUAAAGCUGUUCCUGAAUUAUCAGUCAGAUCUUACAGCUUUGAGCUGCUGCCUAACAUCACCAACAGAACUGAACAGAACUCCUACAUCGUUCAUGAACAAACUCAUACAGCAGGAUAUGUGUGCAGAGCAGGAAGAGGAGAACCAGUGGAUUAUACUGGUUACAGUGAACCAAAGUUUGUCUGGUCUGAAGAUCCUCAUCCAGCAGCUUCUCUCUCAGUGAGUCCUGACAGAGUUCAACACUUCAGCUCUGAUUCAGUGUCUCUGAGCUGUGAGGGAAAAUCUGCUGAAUGGAGAGUCUGGAGGUUUACAGAAACAGAUCCACUGUCAGUCUGCUCCAUCUGGGGGAACAUGAGUAGAUCUACAUGUACCAUCAACCCAGACUGGUUUCAUAGUGGAGUGUACUGGUGUGAAUCUGGAUCAGGAGAGUUCAGCAAUGCUGUCAACAUCACUGUACAGAAACAUAUUAAUGGUCCUAUCCUGGUGAGCCCCGUCCAUCCUGUGACUGAGGGAGAUCCUGUUACUCUAAGCUGCAGAGAUAAAGAACUAAAACUACUCUCCAACGUGUUUUUCUAUCACAAUUACAAACUCCUCCACAAUGACAGCAGAGAGGAGCUGAAGAUCUCUGCAGUGUCAAAGUCAGAUGAAGGUUUCUACAAGUGUAAACAUUCAGGAAAGGAGUCACUACAGAGCUGGAUGUCAGUUAGAGUAACUGUGUCCAGUCCUGUCAGCUCUCUUGUGAUGUUGAUUGUUGGACCAUUUAUUGGAAUAAUUCUCAUUAUUCUCCUGGUCUUGUUGUGGCGCUACAGACGGUCCAAAGAUCUGUUCUGCAUCAGAUCAAAGGUCUCAGAGAGCAACAGUCAGAGCUCCACCACAAACCAGACUGAAAACCGUGAAUACAGCUCCUUUCUUCAGGGUGAUGAUCAUCUCUAUGAGAAAAUCACAUCUUCUGAAGCUGCUGGAAAUGCAGCAGAUGAACCUGGAGAUGUUACAUACGCUCUGAUUGAAAUGAAAUCCUUUGGGAAACAGAGGAGACAUCCUGGACCAGAGGGGGGCGCUGUUUACUCUGAAGUGAACCUAGGAGCUGCAGGAAAGCGGAGUCCUGCAGCAGCGGAUGCAGCAGUUUAUUCUGAAAUCAGAUCAGUACCAGCUCUGAGGGACAAUGCUGCCAUGUAGGCUGCAGGAUCUGAUGGUUUAUUCUGCAAUUUAUGACAUGAGUUACUCUCUUAAGUCCAAAACCCCAGUACUGGGAGGAAGAAUUUAACUUAUUUUUACUACUUUCAUUUCUGUAAGUUCCCUUAGUUAAACAUAAACAUGUGUGGUAUCCACAGAAAUGUUAGAAUCUUGGCUAAAAGCUGAUAUAAAUUAUUUAUAUCAACACCAAACACAGUUAAAACUACAAACAAUUGAAUCAGAAACUAAACAAACCCCACUAAAUGGCUUCACCACAAAACUCAGUCUCAGCUGUUCACCACACGGCUUCUACACACACAACAAAACACGUUCUAAAAAUAUAAGUGUUACAAUCCACCCUGAAUUUACUCAAACAGCAGCAAAGGAAGACCAGAAUUAUCACUUGGGUUUGACAAUCAUAAUUAUUCACAUGAUGGUUAUUUAAAUGAUUUAAAUAUAGUUGGAUCUGAAUUUAUUGAAUCAAUCAAUUAACCUGUUUUGUUUAUUGCCUUCUGACCUCUGAUACUACAGUGUGAGGACUUGUUAUAUAAAUAAACAGAAUCUAAUGUGGUUGAAUUUUAUGCUGUGUGACAAAAUGAAACACAUACAUGUGUAAAAUAUGUGAUAUUUUGUAUCUGGCAUUAUUGCUGUGCUCCUCUUGAAUAUCACCAAUAAUUUCCUUAUAUUUUUCAAAGAACAGCAUGAUAUGAUAAACGCUUUGUGAGUUUUACAUUAUUUAGAUAUCUAUCAUUUUUAUAGCUAUUUUUGAUAUUUGUCUUUCUGACCCUUGCUUUAGCAGUGAGCUCUGUUGUUUUUUUUUCUUGUGUUAUAAAAUUAUUUACAAUGAAAUAAAUGUUUUACAUGCAAAUGUC